ACUCAAACGUGAGAUGCUGAAAAACCGCAAGAUGCGAUGCAACAUCCAAAGUCUUCAGUCUUGUGCACAUAAACCAACAAUUAAUAUUAAAGACACCGACAGAAUACAAACACAACUAAAUCUGUGUCGGAUGUGAUUGCAGGGUGGACUCCUAUGAACUACAGUGGCAUUCAAAUAUGAAAAUAAACACUUUUUGAAAGCUUUAUUUUGAAAAGACAGCUGAAUUCACAAAAUAAAAAUUUCUUCAUAUAUGAUACACAGGCUAUACCAGUCUACCGUAAGCUACUUACAGCUUUUCCGAUGUCUACAAUGCUCCAUACUAACGUCCUCGACAUUCGAGAGGUUUCUGGAUAUAUCAGUUAAGUGCUGAAUAGGAUAUUAACGUCAGCAUUAAUAACAGCGUUACAAAUAGUAGCCUAUAUGUUAAGCCGUCACUCAGUAGUGCUAUCUAGUUCGUUUGUAGUUAUUAAUCAACUUCAGUGUCUCAUAAAGACAAAUACGUGUUAGAUAAUGCUUUUAAUAAAAACAGGGUUAAAUGGUCGCGCGUGUCAGGUGCGUUGGCCAAGCGCUCGCGCCCGUGUAUUCGUGGCCACUCAGUAUUGGUCUCUAAUAUUCCUUCCUUCCUACGAAAACAUAUGCAAACUAUUUGGCCGAUGCGUUCAUGUCUAUAGGCGCUGCUUUUUAAUAUUUAUGACAACGAAAUCGCACGUCAGAAGAAGCUGAUGCUUGAGGGGAAGCCGCUGACAUCAAUAUUUGCAUCAGUAUUUGCGUCCAUCACUCACACUUACCAGAUACCCAGGGAAGAGAGACCAAGGGAUUCGCGAGAGCGAUGCACUGUUGUAUUAUUUUGCAGCUCGACGCUGAGAAAUAAAGAAUAACUGAAAAAACACACAAACAAACUUUUGGGAUUAUAUUAAUUUGUUUCACUGUUCUUAUAAAGAGUUUUUUUUUUCUCUCUUUUGAGAGAUAUGGCCGAGGGUGAAAACGAAGUGGCACCCCUGCCUCUCAGGCACAUAUUCAAGGAUUUUUUGCUUCGAGAGCAGACACGGCAAACCGAUGCCACGGUGCAUGUUGACUUCUCCGUCGAUCAGAAUAGUUUCAAAGAACGCCUGCAGUUUUACUUCAUCAAAGACCAACGAUCUAGUCUCAGGGUGCGAGUGUUUUAUCUUUCGCUCAAGGUGUUAAGCUGCAUUUUGUAUAUAUUCAGAGUGCUGACUGACUCAAAAGAUCAACCUAAAUGCUUGGGCUGCCCAUAUAAAAAUUAUACCCUGCUUGAAAUCAACUGGGCCUCAAUUAUUUGGGUUGAACGAAAUCACUCGCUUUGGGCUGUGCAGGUGUCUGUUGCAGUCAUAUGUUUAUCCAUAAGAAUCCUACUGACAUAUCUACGAUACAAGGGGAACAUAUGGCAGCAGGUACUUCAAAUAGCGUUCCUCUUGGAAAUGAUUAAUACAGUGCCCUUUGUGAUUGGAAUUUUUGAUCAUCCUCUCCAAAACCUCUUCAUCCCUGUGUUUCUGAACUGCUGGCUGGCAAAACGUGCUUUGGAAAGCAUGGUUAAUGAUUUUCAUCGUGCUAUUCACCGGACACAGUCAGCCAUGUUCAAUCAGCUCCUCAUCCUCAUCUCCACCAUCAUCUGCCUCAUUUUCACGUUCAUUUGUGGUGUUGAGCACUUGCAGCGUGCUGGAAAAAAACUCUCAGUUUUUGACUCUUUCUACUUCUGCAUCGUGACCUUCUCUACAGUGGGGUUUGGAGAUGUACUUCCUGACAUCUGGCCCUCCAAGUUACUGGUGGUUAUUAUGAUAUGUGUUGCUUUAAUAGUCCUGCCUAUCCAGUUUGAGGAGCUGGCCUACUUGUGGAUGGAGCGGCAGAAGUCAGGAGGAGAUUACAGCAAGCAAAGAACAGAAACCGAGAGACACGUGGUGUUGUGUGUCAGUUCAGUCAAAAUCGACCUGCUGAUGGAUUUCCUCAAUGAGUUUUAUGCUCACCCAAGACUUCAGGAGUACUAUGUCAUCAUCCUUUGCCCUGCAGAGCAGGAUGCGGCGGUGAGACGGGUGCUGCGGAUCCCAAUGUGGUCACAUAGAGUCAUAUAUCUGCAGGGCUCUGCCCUCAAAGAUCAAGAUCUGGUCAGAGCAAAGCUGGAUAAUGCUGAGGCUUGCUUCAUUCUGACUUGUCGCUGUGAGGAGGACCGCAAUGCAGCAGAUUACCAGACCAUCCUGAGGGCUUGGGCAGUGAAGGACUUUGCUCCAAGCUGCACUCUUUUUGUUCAGAUUCUCAAAGCAGAAAACAAAUUUCAUGUGAAAUUUGCAGAUCAUAUUGUCUGUGAGGAAGAGUUUAAAUAUGCUAUGCUGGCCCUGAAUUGCAUCUGUCCUGCCACGUCCACCUUCAUCACCCUGCUGGUGCACACAUCUCAAGGCCUGGAGGGUCAGCACUCUCCUGAGGACUGGCACAGAAUUUACGGAAAAUGCUCAGGAAAUGAAGUGUACAGCAUUGUUCUGAAAGAAAGCAUCUUCUUUUCUGAGUAUGAAGGAAAUAGCUUCACUUAUGCCUCCUUUAAUGCAUAUAAUAAGUAUGGCAUCUGUCUCAUUGGAGUGUGUCCUGAUGACACUAAGAAGAAUAUACUACUGAACCCUGGUCCUGAGCACAUCAUGAAGCCCUUGGAUGUGUGCUUCUACAUCAGUCUCACCAAAGAGGAGAACUCCUGCUUUAAGAGAGGGUGCAAAAACAGCCCCAAGACUCAACCUCCAACCAGCAGCGCCAUUACUAGCAUGGGUACGGUGGCCAUAGACCUGCAGGAACUAAGCAUUCCGUCCAGUUUAGGUCCAUCACUCUCAGCUGAAACUAAUAUAUCUGAGACCAGAAAACCAAACAUGGUUCCUGUUCUAGAAUUGCCUGAUUCACCUUCUUUCCAGACUGCCGACAUGUUCAGCGAUCAGUCAAAGAAUCCAUAUCAGCCCUACACUGGAGAUGAAGGCAGCAAUGAUUAUGUUAAGGGAUAUCCUCCAGAUUUACCCUACAUCGGAAGCUCACCGAUACUUUGCCAUUUACGGAAAAAGAAAACACCCAAAUGUUGUAUGCAACUAGAAAAGGUCUGCAACCACAAAGACGAAGAAGAUGUCAAAGCGUACAGUUUAAAGAAUAAGCUCAUCAUUGUGUCCGCGGAGACCACAAGAAAUGGCCUGUACAACUUCAUCCUCCCAUUACGAGCCUCUUACAGAUCAGAGAAUGAACUGUGUCCCAUCGUGCUGCUCUUGGAACAUGAGCCAGAGGCUGAGUUUCUUGAGACUGUCUGUUGGUUCCCAAUGAUCUAUUACUUGCAUGGAUCAAUCGACAGUCUGGAUGACCUGUUGCGUUGUGGCGUCUCGUUUGCUGCCAGUAUGGUGGUUGUGGAUAAAGAGAGCACCAUGAGCGCUGAGGAAGACUAUAUGGCUGAUGCAAAAACCAUUAUAAACGUCCAGACCCUGUUCAGGUUGCUGUCUGGCCUCAACAUCAUCACAGAGUUAACUCAUCCCGCUAACAUGAGAUUCAUGCAGUUCAGCGCAAAGGACUGUCACUCGCUGGCUUUCUCCAAACUAGAGAAGAAAGAAAGAGAGAAAGGCUCAAACCUGUCCUUCAUAUUUCGCCUGCCUUUUGCAGCUGGUAGGGUGUUUAGCAUUGGGAUGCUGGACACACUUCUCUAUCAGUGUUUUGUUAAGGAUUAUAUGAUCACCAUCACCAGACUACUGCUUGGACUGGAAUCCACACCGAAAUCUGGUUUUCUUUGUUCUAUGAGCAUCACAGAGGAGGAGUUGUGCAUUGAGACGUAUGGCAGACUGUAUGAAAUGCUCUCCUCCACUGUAGGAGACAUUCCCAUCGGCAUCUACAGGACUGAGUCUCAGAUGCUUGAACCUCCUGAGACUCCACUAUCCCAGAUGUCAGACAAAGUGUCAGUCUUUGAGGAGGGAAAGGACCCGGAGGAGCAGGAUGAGGCUAUUCCCUGUGAAUUGCCAGACAUCCAGACUCAUUCUCUGCGUCGAAGGAGCAUGCAGUGGGCUUCCAAUCUGCUGGGGCCGUGGCACGCUGAGCGAGAUGCAGACAGACUGAGCCAGCAGCGCGGUGUCCUGCUCUCAUGCUCCGAGAGACUGGAGCUCACGGAGCUGGUCAAGAAACGCAUGAAGAACCUGGGGCUCUCCACACACGGAUUCGAUAGGAUGAAUAAUAACCAGAGCAGUCACUCAUACGCCUUAAUCAACCCGUCACCAGAUACAAAACUGGAGCUGAAUGACAUUGUGUACAUAAUCCGUAAAGAUCCUCUCAUUAAAGAUGAAAGAUACUGACAUCAAGAAAAGCUGGAGGAGUGAUUCACAAAUAAGAGAGAGGAACACAAAGAAUCAUCUGUGAAUGAAGAUCACACUCACAAUAGCUGUUUGUCUUCACUGUGACAUGAGUAAAGCUUGUUCUUCAGCAUCAGGUUAAGCAGCUGCAAACCUUUAACGCAGUACCUAUACAUCACUUAGAAUAAUGCAUGUAAAGUCUCUACAUUUAAAAGACAGAACAGUGCAAAUGUAAUCCACCUACAAAGACCACAAAAAUGUCUCUGAAUAAAUGAAAGUCUAUCUAAAUUAAAACACUGGAUGUUAACAAUCACUUAAAGGAAUAUUUCACUCCAAGAUUAAAAUUGUGUCAUUUUAUUUGCUUAAACCAUGUUGUUAUUAUUCUGUGGAGCAAAAAAAGGAUCAUUCUGCCCAUAGUUAUAGAUUCAUCUGAAAGCCAUAAACAUGUACUACUGUGAUUAGUAUUGGUCUAUCAUAAAC